AAAAUAAAAAUCUAAUAAAAAAAUUGCGUGUAUUUUCCAACAACAAAAGCAGAAAGCAGAAAGAAGAAAGAAAAGAGAGAGAGAGAAGAGAGAGAGGUGAAGAGAGAAAGAAAAAGAAGAAAUGGCAGGGCUAUUAGCAUGGGCAGCAGACGUAGUAGGAGGAGGAAGAUCAGAGUUAGAAUUAGAAGAAUCAAUCCCAAUCUUAUUUUCCGAAGAACAAAACAAUUACGUUCGCCAACUCGAUCUCAAAUCAAUUUCUCUCCAACGUUCCAUCAAUGAUCUACGUCUCAGAUUGCCUCCUCCUCAUAUCUCUCAACGUCUCCCUCAUCUUCACGCUCAUUCCCUCGCUUCCAAUAACGCUCUCACUCUUCAAUUAAACUCUCACUCCUCCACUCGCCACCAGGCCCAGCUUAGAGAGGAGACACUUAAGGAAGAAAAUGCUGCUUUUCAAAAUGCUAUAUCCAGCUGCGACAAUAAAAUCAAGGAAAAAUCGCACGAGGCUCAAUUACUAAGGACCAAGUUAGAGGAGAUGGAUGAAACUGAAAAGAAGCUAAGGGCCGAGUUGGAAAAUAUGCGGCUGCGUGCUUCUGUUAAUGCCGAACAAUCUUGGAUAUCUGAGAGUUGGGAGGAGGAAAGCAAGACAAAUAAUAGUAAAGCUGGUUUUGAUGCAGAUGCGGAUGCAGAAGUUUCAAACUCGGCUAUGCUUGACAAAUUGGAAGAGAAGAAGAAAGAACUGAGUUUAAUGGAGGAGACUGUAAAGGGGUUGGAGAAGAAAUGGGCAGCGGUGCAGGAAAAUGCACUUAAACACCCUUCCCCAGCACAAAGGGAGAAGACAUUGGAUAAACAACUUCACAGUUUACUUGAACAACUUGCAGUUAAACAGACACAAGCUGAAGGCCUUCUUGGUGAAAUUCAUCUGAAAGAGAUGGAGCUGGAAAGAUUGAAUGCGCAAUGGCGACAAAUGCAAAGCAAUAAUACAGAGGUGAACAAUGCUAGGAACCGUUUUAUUAAAGGCUCGUCUGAUAAGUUACAUGGUUUGUCAGAUUAUGAAGGUCAUCAAAGGCUUCCUUACCAUUCUGCAGGAAGAACUGAAAGCCAGCAGAGGCUUAUGCUACUUAGGUCGGCAUUUGUGCUUUAUAUUUUAGCCCUAAACAUAAUUGUAUUUAUCAGGAUAUCAUUUUGACCAAAAUUAAGAUUAUAUGUUACUUUUUACUACUAUGCAUGAUCGAACUUUUGUUUGUACUUGUUGAAUACCUUGUAAGUGUAUAUGUCAAGGAGUUUGUGCAGAUGUUAACAUUAAUGCAACGAUCGUAAUUCAAUAUUA